UGACAGUUAUAUUCAUAACAUUAUGUUGGAUUGUAAAAUGAAAAGUUUAAUAAACAGUUAUAAAAAUGUAUGAUCAUUUACGUUAAUAUUGUGAUAAAUUAAAUUAAAAAAUGGCAUCGUUAAAAGUAGCUGUUCGUGUACGGCCCUUUAAUCAAAGGGAGCGAGAUAUGAAUGCGAAAUUAAUAAUACAAAUGGAUGGUAAAAAGACUCGAGUCGUUAAUGUUAAGCCUCCUGGAAAACGUGAUAGUGAUUCUUUACGUGAUAGAUAUAAAGAAUUUACAUUUGAUCAUUCAUAUUGGUCAUUCGAUGCCGCCGAUAGUCACUACGCAUCGCAGGAUCAAGUGUUCAGCGACUUGGGUACAGAAGUUGUUGAUAGUGCGUUUGAAGGAUAUAAUGCUUGUGUGUUCGCUUAUGGUCAAACAGGCAGUGGAAAAACAUUUACAAUGAUGGGAUCUGGUGAAUGUCAAGGAUUGAUUCCACGUAUUUGUAAAAAUAUGUUCGCUCGAAUGCAUGCAAGUAUCGCAUCGGGAAAUAACUAUCGUACAGAAGUUAGUUAUUUAGAAAUAUAUAACGAACGUGUUAAGGACUUAUUACAGGAAAAUACUCAUCAUAAUUUACGUGUUCGGGAACAUCCUGAACGGGGAAUAUAUGUUGAAAAUUUAUCUACACAUCUUGUAUCAGAUUAUUCGGAUAUACAGGAUUGUAUGGUACGUGGAAAUCGUCAACGAACUACUGCAUCAACUAAUAUGAAUGAUGUGAGUAGCAGAAGUCAUGCAAUUUUUACGAUUAUGUUCAUUCAAGCCGGAGUUUCAAAUGGUGUGCCAAGUGAAACUGUAUCAAAGGUACAUUUAGUUGAUUUAGCUGGCAGUGAACGAGCUGAUGCUACUGGUGCUACAGGACAACGAUUAAAAGAGGGUGCUCAUAUUAAUAAAUCACUUGUAACACUUGGAUCUGUUAUAUCUGCAUUAGCAGAAUUAUGUAAUGAUGCUAAUAAUAUUAGUAAUUCAACAAAUUCAAUAAAUCACAAAUCAAGCCGAUCUGUACACAUACCGUAUCGUGAUUCAGUUUUAACGUAUUUACUUAAAGAUAGUUUAGGUGGAAAUUCAAAGACUAUAAUGAUUGCUGCUAUAUCACCGGCUGAUUGUAAUUAUCAUGAAACACUUAGCACAUUAAGGUAUGCAAAUCGAGCUAAAAAUAUUAUUAACAAACCAACAAUCAAUGAGGAUCCAAAUGUAAAACUAAUCAAAGAGUUACGAGAUGAAAUAGCAAAACUUAAGGCUCUUAUUCUUAAUAAUAAUAAAAUGGAUAAUCCAAUACACGUAGAACCAGCCAUGCUAGAACAAUUACAGAAAAAACAAGCACAAGAAAAAGAUUUAACUGAAAAAUGGGAAGAAAAAUGGCGUCAAACUCAAGUGAUUUUACGUGAAGAGCGUGCUUUAGGAUUACGUAAAUCUGGUUUAGGUGUUGUUUUAGAUUCUGAUAUGCCACAUUUGGUUGGUAUUGACGAUGAUUUGUUGAGUACAGGAGUCACAUUGUAUCAUUUGAAGGAAGGAGAAACUUUAAUUGGUACUGAAGAUGCUCCAAUUAAACAAGAUAUUGUGUUAAACGCUGUCGGUGUUGAAAAUGAACAUUGUAGUGUAGUUCUUGACAAAGGAGUUGCAACUAUAAUUCCAAAACAAUCGGCUCAAGUUUGGGUGAAUGCAGUUCUCAUUGAUAAACCAGCACGAUUAUCGCAAGGAUGUAUAAUUGUCCUUGGACGAACUAUCAUGUUCCGAUAUAAUGAUCCUGUUGAAGCGGCUAAACUUCGUAAAGAAGGUAGUCGGUCACAACUAAAUUUAUCACGUCAAUCGUUACUAAGUUGGUCAACAAAUGAUCUUGCUACGUCAUUGGAAAAUUUAAAUACCGAUAAUCAAGUUGAAUUUGAGAAUUUGGAAUUACAAAGAGCGACUUUGGAAAAAGAAAAAGAAAAUUUUGCACGUGAACAAGCUGAACGUGAAUCGGAUUGGGCUGCUGAACAGCAAGCGCGACGUGAAGCGUUGGAAGCGGCACAAAAACAAUUAGAAUUGGAAAGACAGAAAAUGGAAGAAGAAUAUCAAUUACAACGACGUAAAUUAGCUGAAGAUUGGCGUAAAUUAGAAGAAAAACAACAAGAAAAUGAGCUUGUUCUAAAGAAAAAACAAAUGGAAUUAAAACGAAAACGUGAUUUAUUAGAAUGGGAAAGAAGUGAAGCUAUUGCACAAGCAGAAAUUGGUCAGAAACAAGUUGAACAUUUGGAAAAUAAGCUACAUAAUGAGCGACAACAAUUCAACCAAGAUUUAAUAUCUCUGUUACGUAAUCUGAAAAUUGAAUUUUUAGAUGAGAAUCUGGAGAAAGUUUUAUCGAAAGUACAAGAAACACCAUUAUCAGAAGAAUCAGAUUUUGUGGUGAAUUUGCUUAAGAAUGCUGAUCAUGAUUCAAUAGAAGCUGUGAAAUAUCUAGUCAAUCAACAUAAAAAAGAGCUGGCUUCUUUAGAAAUUAAAUUACAGAAUCGUAUUCAAGCAUUAACUGUUGAACGCAACAAUAUACAUCGCAUUGAAUCUGAACUGUCCGAUAUUUCACAAAAUCAAAAUGUUGGUGCUGGUGGAGAUGCUGGAGUUUUAGAAAUUGACAAACAAGCGAUUAAUCAACGUUCAAAGGAAGAAAUUCAAGAAAUCACGGAAAAGAAGCAAUCAAUGAAAUUAAAUUUAAAACAUGCAGCUUUACCACUUUCAAGUUCAACUGAUAAUUCGACUAGUAUCGGUGAUGAUGAUAAACACUUGCACUUAUCUGCUCAGAGUCCAGAUGAGUGUGUAAGUAAUAAAAUAUCAACAUCGAGUGAAGAUUAUUCAAGUCCAUUAAAAACAUGUGAUACAUUUCAUACGGCUACAUCUGAUUGUAGUAUAGUACAAUCAAAUAUUAACACACCACUCAGUCCUGAAGACGAUGAUUUGUUGUUAAAUCAAUUACGUACAGUUAUUAAUGGCAAUAAUCGUAAUAAUGGUAAUUUGAAACAUUCGGUGCAAAAUAAUAAUAAUAAUAUUAUGUUGAUAACAUCAACGAUAUCUCCGACUAAAAUGUUAGAGAACAGUAGUAGUAUACCGCAGUGCAGUGAUAGUGAUGAUCCAUCUAGUACGGAUGAUUAUAAAGUGAUGAGCACUGAAGAUGGUAACUCGGCACAAUCGUCAAGUUCAUUUGAAAAAGUAUCACCAUUGGAGAAUUUUCGACAACGACGCCGAUUUAGUGGAAGUACAAAUUCAACUGGUCGAAAAUAUAUUGGUGGCGAGGAGGCAGCUGUACGUGCUAUGAAGCGUCUUAGUCAAAGAAUGGCACGACAGAAAAUGAUGAUAUUACGAAAUAUUGAAACGGAAUGUAGCCGUGAAGAAUUGAAUGAACAAAUUGCUGUUUUACAAGAAUUGCAACGUCAAUAUGUGAAAUUAGAAUUAGCACUUCAAAAUCAAAUUCCAAAUAUUGAAAUAAUGUCUGAAGAUGAAGAAUAUCAACCCACAAGUGUACUAUCCCCUGCCAAUAAACAUCCAUUAAGUGAUGAAUCCUCUCCAAUUGAAAAUAAUUUAAACAAUGAUGAAGAGAAUCAGUUAUUUCUUGGCCACAAACAACAACAGCAACAACAACAAUCAUCAUUUCAAAACUUUCAUGCUCUUAAUAAUUUGUCUAGUAGUGUUCCAAUUAAUCAACAAUGUUGUAGCAAAUCGUUAAACGAACAAUCUCAACAACAUUCUGAAUGUUGUAUACCAGAACAAUCACAUCAUCAUCAACAGCGUGUUACAUUAGGUAAUAAUGGUAAAUAUAACUUACAUCAUCAUUCAUCGUUACAUUCAAUUGAAGAGAAUAAAUCAACUACACGACGAUAUUCAACGGUUAGUUCAGAUUAUUCAGAAGAUGAACCUGCUACAGUACAUUAUAAUGGAAGAAUGAAUGGCGGUGUUAUUAAUUCAUGUUAUGUGAAAAAUCAAAUAACUGAUGAUGAUAAUUCACCUUCAACAUAUCCAUAUAGCUUAACACGAUCUCUACCAACUUUUGCUGCGUAUGAAAUCAACGAUCAUAUAGUUAGUGUACCAACAUACGUAUUACGCGGUGCAGGGACCAAAACUCAUUUUGAAUACGAGGUUCGUAUUAAUGUACAAGGUGAAAAAUGGAGUAUAUUACGCCGUUAUCGCCGAUUUCGUGAAUUACAUUUAACAAUGCGAUCAAAAUAUGGACCAAAGAUUGAAGCAAUACCAUUUCCACCACGACAAUUAUUUGCGUCAACAUCAGAAUCAUUGGCACGCGAACGUCGUACGCUGCUGGAAACUUAUCUGCGUCGUUUAUUAGCCGUAUGUUCAACAUUACCAAAUUGUCCAUUAUAUUCACCGUAUGAGAAUGGUUGUUCACAAAGUGCUCCUAUAUCUGAUACAAAAUUAUCAGAUUGUAUAAAUCGUAUGCAAUUGUUAGAGUUUUCGGCAUUUUUCCGGCGCGGUAUCUUUGAAAAUGAUAAUUUCUCAUACUAAAUCAAUGAGUGUGAGAGAGCACAUAUAAAUUAAGCAAUGUGUAUAAGUAAGAUACUAUUAUAUAGUCUUCUAAAGCAUUUCACAUACAUUAUUUCACACACACAUACAUACGCUAUUGAGCUUCAAGCUAUAUCGUAUUGAAGAGUGUCAUUGAAGAUUGGGGAUUUUGUGUCGCAUACAAUAAUUAUUACUACAAAACUGCCACUGAGCAAACCUUCAAACAUAUACAAGCAAGCAUAUAAGCAAACAUAUAAUAGUAUUUUUCUUAUACACAUUGCUUAAUGCAUGGAUACUCUUUCACAUUCAUUGAUGUAUAAAAAAUGAUUUAAAAAACAAAUUGUAUAGUUGAAGUUUGACUAUAUUACCAAGGUCUAAUUGAAUCAUGACCUUAUGAAAUUCAAACAAUUAUUUUAGUGAAAUUUAAAAACCUAAAAAUACUUCCGCCAAUUGACGCUUUUCCAGAAGUUAUAUCAUCACAACUAAUAGGUAUUUUGCGGUUCACCUACUCUAUAAUUUUUAAGGAAACUAUCAAAUAAACUUACAGAGUUUGUCUUUCUAAUCCAGUUGAUGAUGUUUGCAACAUAACUGAUCUCACGUAAAUUAGUACACAAUGCAUCUCCUUUUUCAGUAGUUACUAGCAGGAUGAAACGUUGUUAUAGCCAGCCGUAAAACAUUUUUGAUGAUAAAAUUCUGGUAUAAAAGGUUAUUAUAUUUUACGGGGCCCCGUUUCGGUAUUUUAGUAAUCACAGGUUGUAAAUUGUGAUGAAUAUGAAUGAUUUAAUCUAAUGAAAAUAGCUCCUUCGAUUAUUUUAAUAUACAUACAUAUUUUUCUAGAAUUAAAUCUGAUGUUUUUGUGAUAAUAAAUAGACAUACUAAUGAAAUGAAAUUGAUUUUAAAUUACCUAAAUAUACUUCAC